AUGGAUUACGCCGCCGCAAUAAAGCAGCAGGCAGAAGAUCUGCAAGACGAGCUGAAGGACUUGGCUUUAUGGCAGGAGGAAGUUGCACGUCAGCAUGAAGUGAACAAGAUGAAAAAGUCAGCCACAUUUGUCACAAACUCUGUUCCUCCUAUAAGAGGAACAGUACCAUCCCUGAAGGAAGCCGUUUUGAAGAGCGCUGGUGUUGUUGAGAAGGAGGACCCUGUGAAGAAACAGAAAGACAAAGGUAACGAACUGUUCCAAAGUGGGAAACUCCAGGAAGCAGUGGAGGCAUAUGCUGUGGGUAUAGACCUUGACCCAGAAGGGCCGAUGGCACACGUGCUCUACGGCAACCGAGCGCUUUGUUACUUGAAGUUGGAGAGAUGGUCUGAUGCCGAACGGGAUGCCUCCUCUUGUGUUCGUCUUAACCGCACAUACGCCAAAGGGUACUUUCGCCGCGCUACAGCCAGGAAACAGCUAGGGAAUUUAAAAGGUGCGCGUACAGACCUAGAGGCAGUGUUGGCGCUUUCACCGAAUGAUGUAAGUGCCACAAAUGAGAUGUCGUUAGUAACCAAAAUGAUCCGAGCAGAUCGAGAUGGCGCUGAACCGGUUACCAGGAAAAAGAUUGUUAUUACCGAGGUUGACGACGAUGAUGAUGAGCAAUGUGUGGGCGAGGGUGCUCAAGACAAGACGGCCUCUCCAAGUGUGAUUGAAAGCAACACCGGUCGACACCCUAACACCGUGGGAGAUCAGGUAGUGAAAAAUGAGAUCGCUGAGUUGGAGAGGUUUCGGGCGGCCCAACGAGACGCACAGGAAGCCAGGUCAAGAGAAAGGGAAACCAAAUUGCAGUACAAAGGACGUACUUCGUCGAGAGUGGAGAUUGUGGAAGAAAUCAACAAUGAGAGUAAGGAAGGAGUAGUUGUUUCUUCGUCCCCUCUGUCACUAAACAACGGAGUGACGUCAGCGUCGGCACAAGAAUGUCCUUCGAGAGAACUAGCCGCGGUUUCAACGAGCGGUGCAGCGCAACGACCGGCGACCUUUAAAGACAAAAAGAUGAAUGAGCCUGUUGUCCCUCGCAUGCUAAAGCCGACUGUAAAGUGGACUAAGGAUACUUUGAAAGCACCCAAGUCGUUUACAGAAUUUGAGCGAGUUUUUUUAGACCUUAAGGACGAUGAGGAACUGCUCUGUUUUUAUGUUUCGGUUAUACCCCCUGGGAGCAUGCAGGUGCUUUUUGGAAGCAAUAUGACACCUGAUAUUCUUCUUGGUAUGCUGAAAGCGGCAGGAAGGCUUUCAGGAACAUCAACGGUUUCUUUUCUCAAGGGACUGUGUACCGUGAAACGCGUGAGGGAUAUCUCACUGUUCUUUGAUGACUGCGAGAAGAAGGUGGUCGAGGAGGUGAUGGAUGUUGUUGUCUCUUGCGGAGCUUCUGAUGAGGAUGUGAGCCUGUUUAGGCGGCAACUUGGGGUUAUAUAG